GAUGAGAAAAGUAGCACAGAAAGGACUCUCUUAUAUUGAUUUUCUGCUGGAUUGCCGUGAUUUUGAUUCAAAUCUUUAAUUGCUUUACGUAUUUGAGGGAAAUUUUUCAUUGAACUUUCGAGAAUUAAAUUGAAUCACUUAUUUGCAUCAUUUUUGCAAAGUAAGGCUAAAUCUGUUGUUAUUAUGGGAAUAGUGCUGAUCCCCAAUACUUCAUCUGAGAACUCGAGACGUCGAUGGCGAACAAGUGAUAAUGAAUUGCAAUGUUUCCAUGAUUUUCUGCUCCGUGGCUUUUUCGCAAGCUUUUUGCGAUGGGAAUGUCUUGUGUAGAAUUUAAGUAUUUUCAUCUGAGUGCUCAUUAAGCACUGCUUCAGUCUUUGGACGAACGGGAGCGGUCGACGGCCGACUGCCACCAUGGGCAAUCAGCUGUCGAGCUUUUUCCAGUCGGGCAGCGCGCUGCUUAACUCGAACCACCGCCAACUGAGUGAGCAGACCACCAAGAAUGUCCGCUUCCUGUUCGACACGCUGCGGGCUAACCCGCGCAACAUGGUGCAUCGGCUCCAGCCGGUCCUCUCACAGAUCAACAAGGGAGAGAACAUUCUUCAGGUGCACAACGAGGAGGGCUACAACCUGCUGCAAAAGUGUGUCGGCAUGAACAACCUGGAUAUGGUGCGCUGGAUCCUGAGCCGAAACCUGGACGUCAACCGCGGGGUGUGCUCGCUACCCCUUCACAUCGCCUGCCUCAAGGGGUACGAGGACUGUGUGGAGAUGCUGCUGAAGCACGGCGCGCGCAUCGACGUGGAGGCGCGCAUGUGCUGGCCGGGCCCGCACAACCAGAACUGCGAGCAGCGCGGCAACUACAGCAGUCCGUUUGAGCCGGGCGGCGCCGACCAGCGCAGCAGCGACCGGCUCCAGUCGGCCGUCUACUACGCCAUUGACGGCGAUCAGGUGGAGAUUCUCGAGCUGCUGACCCAGCAGGGCGAGGACCACUGGUUGCCCUGGCACCAGAAGCGGCCUCUGCUACACAUUGCCUGCGAACGAGGCGCCUGGAACUGCGUGCAGUACCUGGUAUCAGAGAGGUCAGACGAGAUUAACCAGUGCUACGACGAGUACUACCCCAUCCACCAGGCGGCGUUACAUCACGUCCAGUUUCUGGAGAGGCUGAUUGCGUGUGGCGCCGACACGCUAGUACGGACAUCAACACAGCAGAUGACGCUACUACAUGUGGUGUUCCUGUUGGGGAAGAAAACUGUGAGUGACACACUGUGUACGGCCAAACUGCUGCUCGACCACGGUCUGCGGGAGUUGAUAAACGAGCCGGACUCGCUGGGGAACACGCCUCUGCACGCGCUCAUCGCCAGGUACGCGCUGGAGGAGGCGCGCUACGGGUACGACCACGAGCCGCCACCGUGGACCAAGUGGGACACGCUUCACCUAGUGCGCUACCUCCUCCAGAACGGCGCCGCGCCGAGCAUCAACCAGCAGGGCAACAGCGCUCUGGCCUGUGUGCUGCGGCACGUCAGGGACUGGGAGUUUAGGUACGAGCUAUUGGACAUGCUGCUGCAGAACAGCGGCAACCCCAACAUCGUGGGCCGUGACGGCUCUGUGCCGCUGAUGGUCUGCCUGGUGCCGCUCAUCAACAAGGACCCGCUGCACCACUUCAACCACACCAUGAAGGUGUUCUACCUCAACUGUGUGCGCAUCCUCUGCAAGCACGGCGCCAACCCCAACUGCUCGUCGCGCAGCAACCUGACGCCGCUGCACGUGCUCAUGUUCACUGCCUCGGAGAACAUCGCGCUCAGCCGAGAGGCGGAGAAGGCGCAGGCGUUCGACUUCAUUCGGCAGCUGCUGGUGAUUCUGCUCCAGCACGGACUCGAUCCGAACGUGCGCUUCAGUCAGCGGUCGCACCACAUCCUGCUGUCGGUGAUCGACAUGGUGUCGUCGGCACGCAGCGCCGCCGACCUGGGGCACGUGCGUGACCUGACGCUGACACUACUCCAGUACGGCGCGGACCCAAACGUCGCCAUUAGCACGAGCAACGAGCCGAAAAUCUGCCACUCACAGUCGUCCGUAUUCCUGAAGCGGUCGUCGCAUCAGGUGUUGUAUUUUUACAUCCAGCGGCUGAUCCGGCGCGAGGAGCUGCUCCUAGACCCGGAGAGGCGCUUUGAGCGCAUCAUACGGCUGUACUACAUGUGUAUGGACCACAGCGUGCUGUACAGUUGUCUGCGGCUGCUGCACACGCAGGCCACGCUGGCGCCCAUCAAGUGGCAGCUGGCCAGUCUGCUACGUCAGCUGCAGACCAACCCGCGGACUCUGAAACAGAUUUGUCGUGUGACCAUCUACGGUGCGCUGAGGCGUCGGCCCGGUCCCAACGUCAGUAAACUGCCGCUGCCAGCACAGCUCAAGGAGUACUUGCUGAACUUUGAGCCGUAGUGGCCGACGGUGCCGCGGCGGACGGCCGCUCGCCGGGCGAGCCGCGCCGCGCCGGGUGGUGGGCGACCCCCUCCUCCCCGCCCGCCUCUCGGUUGGCCGGAGACCCGGUAACGCGCCUCCGCCCGCGCUCCGAAGGCCUUGACGUGAUCUGUGGCGGCGCAGGACGCCAGUGUGAUCUCCGCGGCGGGACGGAGCGGCCGACCGACCGGGCGACUCCGACCCGACCCGACCCCGUGCUGCGUGCUGAGUGUUAGUUCUUAUCUGAGGUACGUGAGUAGCGUGAAAGUUUGGUGCAAUAGGUGAUCGACAGCUGAGUGAUAUUGAAUGUGAUGCGAGCGAGAGGACUGGGCGCGUGGUAAGUGCUCGAUAUUUGUGUGAUAUUGUCUGAGAACGACCCGCGGCUAUCCCCUCCUGUGUGAUCUAACGCGGGCGGUCCUCUGUGAUGAGUCGGCGGACCUCAGUCUUCGCGUGUCGCUCCCCGACCCGCCACAGUCGGCGCCGCCACAGAACGCACAGAGACGGGGUCUGCGGUUUUGACCUAAUCAGUAUUUAAGACGUUUUGUUAUUUGUGUUUGGCCGCUGCGGCGCGGCCGUGCCGGGCCCGGCGGAGCUUCGGUCGGCCAGUCGCCUCGGGUCGCCGGGCCGGGCAGGGCCGCGCCGCCAGCGGCCGUUCUGAGCUUACACGCAGUGGGGCCUUCGUCCCUCAGUUUAGGGCUGGGCAGAACGUACCGGGGGAGGGGAACGAAGUGGCUGCCAGGUUUGAAGGCCCGCCACACGGUAAGAGCUAUGCGCUUUUUGGUUCUUCGCCUUUUCCCGUCUUUAUUCAUUCACGUAGCUCCUCUUCCAGCUAUCCACCGAUCUUCCGAUUUUAUAUCAUGGAUAAGGCAGCCAUGUGUCUCAAGUAACAUAGACUGUUCAUUAUCGCCU